CGUUGUGAUUCUUAUCAGUAUGGCAAAAUUAAAACAAAUUUAUCAGUCAGGACUCCGACAGGACCGGACUUAAAAAUUAUUGUCACUGAUGAUGGCUGUUACAACGUAAUCAUUGCAAAAGAUUCAGACCUGUACUUGAAUAACAGGACAUAUAUCUUCUUGUAACAUGGUUAAUAUUUCAACAAAAAUUAAAAAAUAUAAGAAAGAACUUUGCCGAAUGUGAAGAGUAAUACGUAAAUUAUAUUCAAGAAUAUUAAUGUAAUUGAAGAUCUAACUUCCUCAUCUAAUGCAACAAAAUGCUCCAAUUUAUGAAACAAAAAAGGAAAAUGAUUGUCUAUCCGAAAAAUUCCCAUAUAUUAACAUUUUGCUGCAUAAUCAGAAUUCGAGUCCUGCAGAGGAUUGCAAGAGGGUGGCAAUUAUGAAACAUUUCGAAUUAUAUUCUCGAUAAAAUCUGAUCAAUUGUGCUUGAAAAAUCAGGAAUCGUUGCAUUUCCCAGAAUUAGAAAGAGAGCAUUUCUGGCGUUUCUCGUAUCAACGGAUAUAACUGAUGGUACCCCGCAAAUUUCUCAUGUGUACUUUAUCAUGGGAAACUGAGAUCAGUGGUGACCCGCAACAGAUAAUCAUUUCCUUCCGUGUUAAGGAUUUCGGCUUAUUCAAAAGUUCGGAUGAAGGGUCAGUGUCGUUGAAAAAUGUCGAAAAAGACGUAUGAUGUAUCAACACCCAGAACGGGUAGUUUUUCAACGAAAAGAAAUGACAGUUCCUUCUCAUCUUGUUUGUGUACUAUGUUAGUGAUUUUAGCGAUUUGUUCACUGCUUUUAUUGCUUUCUUUCUCUUUGAAAAAGGCAGCCAACAAAAAGGAAUACAAAAAUGGGAGAGGAAAAUUCGAAAGAAUUAUUCAUGAAAACGCGAGCGCCAGAAACGAUGCGAAAGAGGAAACGAGCCAAGAAAUCAUAGAAACAACACAAGAAUUCGCAAGAACAACCCAAAAAAUAACAUCUGUACCUCCAAAUACAGAAAAACUUAAAGAGGUUACAGGAGACAGCGAAAGUGAAGAAACGAUGACCGUUCCUUCUACCAUAGUAACAGUUGAAGAAAAAAAAGAUCGACGAUUUGAUGAAGCUGAAGGUUCGCAAGAAACCACGAGCCAAAUUACAAGUACUCAAUCAGAAUUUACUUCAAAUACACCGCCUGUAAGGGAAACAGUUCCUUCGAAAACAAUCUUAGACAAUGGAGGAGGAACAGAAACAAUUUUUACUGAAUCAACCACUUUAAAUAGUGUUGAAUAUGAAACGACCGAUGAAAACUGGAGGAUUUCCCCAAAAAAUUACUGA